UCACAGAAAGAUUCUUACAAGAUCAUGACGACAACUAGUAGAGCCAUCGGAAGUAUACAUAUGCAUUCAAUAAUACGAAUCUCGUACUAAAUUACCCAAGUGAACAUUUGCUUAAUCGCUAAUGCUACUGACAUAUACUCAGUGCUGAAAAUAUAUACCUACAAUAAUGGGGACAAGAAGCAGAAUAUUGGAUUUAUUUUUAUUAUUGGCAUUGCUGUUUGCCUUAUGCUGCUUUCGCCCAGGGUCAACAAGGGAUCUGACAUAUGGAGACAACGAGUUCUGUGGUCCAAAGCCAACACUUAUAUCCAUAGAUCAUCCCUCGUAUCGCCAUAUUCCUUAUUAUGUGACACUGUACAGAUGUGGUGGCUCCGUUAAUUACCAAUCUCCUAGCUUCAAGAUCUGUGCAGCUAGUAAAAUCUGUGACGUUAGCAUUCAGCUGCGGAACCUGGACACAGACCAACGUAAAACUAUCGUUGAAAAAAACCAUACUUCAUGUGCACCUCAGUGCGCAAACAAUAAAAGCAUGUGCAAUCUGGUUUUGGAAGAAUGGAAUUCGAGGGAAUGCACGUGCGAUUGCAAGUUUCCGAAUGGUCCGCCCGAACCAUGUCCAACUCGAUUUAAAUGGAGCCCUUCCACUUGCAAAUGUCAAUGCAAUAAUGAAGAGAGUCAGGCAUUUCGAUGCAGCGAAGAAGGAAAGUCGUGGAGUGCUGAAAAAUGUGCUUGCGAAUGCUCACCACGCACCAUUCAAAGAUGUUUACGGACAGGUAGAGAGAUUGAUGAAACUACAUGUCGCUGUAAAGCAAGAAAUCCUGUGUUUGGUUUCCAAAAAGCACGAGGUGAAGAGAAAGGAAUCUCAAAGAUUGUAUUUGUCUCGGCAUUACUUGGGGAAUUGCUGUUGCUAGUUUUUAUAUUCGUUUGUCUAUUAUGGAAAUUUGAUUUUUUGUCUCAAAUACGAAAUUCCAUUUGUAAAUCAGAUAAAAGAGGCGAAUACACCGUCGACACGGCGCCGAAAGGCGUACAAGCAGAGGACCGUGUAUAGAAAUAGUCUAGAAACGGGAUACAUUAUCUCACAUAAAGUACUAUUUAUUUAAUUAUGAAAUAUUUAUGUGAUAUAGGCAAAAUAAGAGAGUUUUUGCGUUUAGCUGUUGUGCUUUGACAACAAGAUGUAACGAGUCAAACGCGAAAAUUGUAGCUAACUCAAAACCUUAUUUGUGACUUAUGCCUCUUCGCAGGCACGAAGUUAGGGGUUGUCCAUUUAUUUACGUAAAGUGUUGAGGGUUGCUGACCUAUUGUUUCGUACGAUGACAUUUUGGAAUCAAAUUUUUCCCCGAGCCCACAUAUUAUUUGUACAUAAAUUAUUCAUGUCAAUUUUUUUUACCUAAACUGGCUAAAAUAACAGCAAUUAAUAAACUCAGCCUCAAUGGAACAUUGUUUUUUUAUAAAA